AUGCGUCUCAUCCAGGUCCUCGCCCUUGCCCCGGCGCUCGCGCUGGCACAAGAACAAGUUCCCCUUGCAGACCGUUUCCAGGGUUGGCUCGACAAGGCCAAGGCUUAUCUGCCAACUGCUACCCCGGUUGUGCCUGCUACUGUUGAGGAAGUCCAGAAGGUCGUCGAGCAGAAGAAGAUUCAGGCGAAGCCCGUCACGCAGUUGAAUAUGACCAACUGGGAGUCGAUUCUGGAGCCGGCCUCUGACGCCCAGGACUGGUUCGUCUUCGUCACCGGUGGUAACAAGACAUGCUUCGGACGCUGUGCUCAAGCGGAUAAGUCAUUCAAUGAAUCCGUUCUUCUGUUCUCCGCCGAUCCCACCUCCCCUCACCUUGCUCGGUUGGACUGCGAGGCAAACCAGGUUCUCUGCGCUGCUUGGUCCGCAAGCGCUCCCUCGGUCUGGCACUUCGAGGUCCCCCAGGCCCAGCUGGGCGAGGGACGCGCUCCCACUACUCUGCACACCGCGCACCUGAACACGACCACCGUUACCCCCGAGACGAUCUACAAGCUUCAUUCCGAGAAGCAUUUCGAGCAGACCCCGGCCUACGUGGGUCUCCUGCACCCUACCGACGGCUUCUUUGCUAAGAACGGGCUUCUCCUUCCUCUCGGCUAUGUCAUGUGGGGUUUCGGCUCUAUCCCGAGCUGGCUCUUCAUGCUCUUCAUCAGCUUCUUCAGCAGAACUUUCAUCACCAACCCCACAAUGGCCGACCUCGAGCGCGCAGCCCCUUCGACAACAGCCUAUGUCGUUGCCACGGCCAUCAUCGCCGGCAUCACCGGCUACUUCAUCGGCCAAGGCUCCUCGCUCGGCCUCUUCUCCAACAAAGAGAAAGAAGGGUGGCCGAACAGCUACAACGUGAAGGUGCACCGCGACUCGUCCGACGAGGAGUUUGAGGAGGAAGAGGAAGAAGACGAGGACAGCGAGGACGAAGGGGAUGGCUCCGAGCUGGCGAGUUUCGACAACACCGCCGAGGAAGUCAAGUUGGUGCUGGUUGUGAGGACGGAUCUGGGAAUGACCAAGGGCAAAAUCGCCGCCCAAUGCUCCCACGCCACCUUGGCGUGCUACAAAUACCUCACCACGCAUACGCCCAACUCGCCGCUGCUCCGUCGCUGGGAGUCGCAGGGCCAGGCCAAGAUCGCGCUGCAGGUCAAAUCCGAGGAGGAGAUGGAGAUGCUGUACGCGCAGGCCAUCAGUCUGGGCCUCUGCGCGCGCGUGAUCACGGAUGCUGGGCGGACGCAGAUCGCCAGUGGGAGCCGGACGGUCUUGGGUGUCCUGGGGCCCAAGAGCGUUGUGGAUGGAGUGACGGGCCAUCUGAAGCUGUUGUAG